AUGACAUCUGCAACUCAAAAUAAAACCGAAUUGGAGGAUUUUGAAGCUUUUUUGGAAGCUGGUUUCCAACCUCUUCAAUUUGCAAAUGAUUUACUAUUAGCUACAAAUGAUAAGGAUGGUUCUGAGUUAGAUGGACUAACACCAUUGAAGAAAUUACAAUUUGAUAUUGAUGAAUGUGACAAGAGAAUGGCUGGCAUAGCAUCUUCAAAUUAUGAAUCAUUGAUGUCGAACUUUUCACAGAUCGAAAAAACUAGAUCGUUAGUGAAUGAACAAAUCAACCCACUGGUAGACAGAGUAUUUAAUUCAUUCGAAAGAAUUAAAUCUGGCGUUAUUCAGCCAUACGAAGAAGCCUUGAAAAAAAAUAAUGCUCUAAAGAGAAUUCAUUUGACAUUGAAUUUACUCCGAGGUGCUGGUUACUUUAUGUUCUUGGUUCAGCAAUUGGAAGAAAUUGAAAUGCUAAAUAUGAACGCAGAAAAUGAAUCUGGCUCGAAGAAAGAUUUAAUCAGGUUAGCAAAGCUCCAUGUACAGAUAUCACAAUUAUAUAAAAGUGAAAAAGAACAAACUAAUCUGAAUAUUAAGAAUUCGAAUGCCAAUUUAUUGUCCAUUAAACUAAUUAGAGAUUAUGAAGCUAUACAAAUUAACAAACAAAAUUCACUUAUAAGUGAAUGGAGUGAAUCAAUAUCAAACGAUUUUAAUCAUCAUGUUUCUUUUUCUGUUAAUAAUAUUGAAUUGCAAAAUAAAUUGAUUGCGUUGUAUACGUUAAACGAAAAGGAAUAUCUUCAAAUUAUUGAAAAAACAAUAAACAAGCAUGCACAAGUGAAUUUGACACAACUUUCAAGAUCAUUGCAAUCUCCAAGAAAUUUCAAUGCAAUCAUAAGCGAAGUAAAAGAGAAUUCAUCUGACUUUCUUGACAAACUAGAAAGUAUUUUAUCGAAUUGCGAUAUUUCAAAUGUGAAUAACAAAUACAGAACAGGGAACCUCUUGGCCGAAAUGAUUUGUAAUAAAUCUAUUACCGGCGUAUUUGAUUUAUACUGGCCUGUGCUAUCCUAUAAAUUCAAGAAGAACAUUGUAGCAACAAUGGCAAGGGGUGGCCCUAUUGCUAAAAACCUAAAAAUUUAUUCUGAAGGCAUAAAAAACUCCAUAAAUGAAAACUUUAAAAACACCAGGGAAUGCAAUUUAUUGAUCGAUGCAAUUAACGUCAUCGAAGGGUCAAAGUAG